GUCAAAACCCCUGCGCGCAACCACCGUCCUCAGUCGGCAUCGCCACCAUGUCACAGCGCAACCGACGCGAACGUGAUAGUGACAGACGCCGAGAUAGAGACGACCGCGAUCGACGCCGAGAGAGAGACGACCGUGAUCGGGACCGUGAAGAUAGAGACCGUGACCACCGAGGGAUAAGGAGCAAGAAGUCCCGAUCUCGUACUCCAGACCACCACGCUCGUCCUCCUCGCCACGCGCGCUCUCCGGAGAAGUACCGAUCUCGCUCCCGCUCGAUCGACCGCGACCGUAACCGACACCACAGGCGCAGGACUCCCUCCCCCUCUCCGUCGCGGAAACGGCCUCGCGAGAGCUCAGUGGAGGACGAGAAGGAGAGGAACCGGAAAAAAGCUGCGUCUGGCUCCGUCGACGAGACUGCGAAAGAGAAGAACGAUAAGCAACCAAGCGAAGCUGCGGAGGAGGAGGAGGGGAUGGAUGUGAAUGAGAUAGAGAUGAUGAAGAUGUUAGGGAUUCCAACUGGAUUUGACUCGACGAAAGGGAAGCAUGUUGAAGGUGCUGACGUCAGCGGGAUCAGGGCUGUUACCAAGCGGCAGCCAAGGCAGUACAUGAACCGUCGCGGUGGCUUUAACCGUCCUUUGCCUGCUGAGCGUAACCGCUAAGCUUUCCUCAAUGUUCUUUGUCAUUAUGGAUUAAACAAUACUCAGAUGAUGAGAGUUCGAGCUGCGUUUCCAAGGUAGUCUUUACCGCAAUUCUACCCCCAGGCUCUGUUCUAAUGUCCUUUAGAGAUCAAACAUGUACUCUCAGAGCUUAGAAACGUCUAUUGAGUUCUUUUUUAUUUGGGGGAUUUUAGAAUUGUUAAUGUCAUGAGUGUAAUCUCCCCGGCUAUAUCUUCAGACUAUGGUUUAGUUGAAAUUAUGCAUGUUCGUUUUGAGUUU